CGGCGGCUCCCGGGGAUGCGCCCGCCCGGCCGCCGCGGGGUCCCCCGGGCGUCCCCCGCGCUGCUGCUCCUGCCGCUGCUCGUGCCGCUGCUGGGGGCGCCGCGCGGCGUGGGCGCGGGGACUGGAGCUGGCGCGCCGUCGGAGCUGCGGGUGCGGGUGCGGCUGCCUGACGGCCAGGUGACCGAGGAGAGCCUGCAGGCGGACAGCGACGCCGACAGCAUCAGCCUGGAGCUGCGCAAGCCCGACGGCACUCUCGUCUCCUUCACCGCCGACUUUAAGAAGGAUGUAAAGAUCUUCCGGGCCUUGAUUCUGGGGGAGCUGGAGAAGGGGCAGAGUCAGUUCCAGGCUCUCUGCUUCGUUACCCGGCUGCACCACAAUGAGAUCAUUCCCAGCGAGGCCAUGGCCAAGCUCCGGCAGAAAAACCCACGGGCAGUGCGGCAGGCUGAGGAGGUGCGGGGCCCAGAGCAAAUGCACAUGGACAUCGCCGUCAACUUCAGCCAGGGGGCGCUGCUGAGCCCCCAUCUCCGCAACGUGUGCGCCGAGGCUGUGGAUGCCAUCUACACCCGCCAGGAAGACGUCCGGUUCUGGCUGGAGCAAGGUGUGGAUGGCUCUGUGUUCGAGGCUCUCCCCAAGGCCUCGGAGCAGGUGUUGCUGCCUCGCUGCAGGCAGGUGGGGGACCGCGGGAAGCCCUGCGUCUGCCGCUAUGGUCUGAGCCUGGCCUGGUACCCCUGCAUGCUCAAGUACUGCCACGGCCGCGACCGCCCAGCACCCUACAAGUGCGGCAUCCGCAGCUGCCAGAAGAACUACAGCUUCGACUUCUACGUGCCCCAGAAGCAGCUGUGCCUCUGGGAUGAGGACCCGUAGCCGGGCUGGGACGAGGGGUGGUCCCCGGGGCAGCUGCCCGGGACCCACUGCCCCUCCCCGAGCUGCCAGAGGGGGUGCCCCCCCAGCCCUGACAACCAAGGCCUUAUCGUUCUUCCUUCGCAUCACCUAAUCCUGGAGCCUCUGGCCCCCUCAUCUGUGACUGUGAAAGGGGUGUGGUGUGGCAAGGGUUAACUCAUGAAGGCAGCCCCCACUCCUGCCCUGUGCCUUCCUCGGGGACCCAGGGAGAAGGGGGUUCUCCAAGCUUGCCUCCCCUCCUUCAUCUCCCCGAAGUGUUCACUUUCAAGCACCCAAAAUGUGACAGCCUAUGACUCUCCUAUUUAACUCUUCGAAGGUUUAGACCCUGAAAGGUGUCUGUGCCUGUCGUACCCACCUCCCCACAUAUAACCCCUGCCCCACCGUUGGGAAGGACCUGGCCCCUGUGCACCGUCCCACUGCCCAGCAAGGAGGAGGAGAAUCAUUGCACCAGAGGGGGAGCAGCCCCAGCCACGGAUCUCAACGCAUUCCUCUCACCACUGGCCUCUGAGGCCACCAUCCCCAGCCCUGACACAGACCGUAUGUGCCUUUCUGCAAACCUGGACUUGGCCGAGGGAGCAGGUGCCGGCUGGCUCCCUCUAAACAGAAGUAUUUUUGUAAGGUUCUGGAACAGGGAGGGAGCAUGAAGUAUGAGGAAAACUUGAAUUCCAGAUUUUUAAUGCAAAAUAUUUAUCAUUUGUACCAGAAAUAAAAGUUUAAAUUUUUACUUGA